AUGACCUCCAUGGCAGCCGAGUCUGUGGCCACCAUCCUCUGCACGGCCAAGCAGACUCGCUUCAACAUUGACAGCACCAACUACCGCGAACUCGACAUUGAUGGCCUCAACAUCGUCGUCACUUCCGGAGAGAAAGCAGAAAAGGGAACUGGCAAAUCUAAAGGCAAAUCAAAGUCCGAUGGCCUUGAGAUCUUGUCCAACGCCAAGCUGCGAUUAAAAGAAGGCCAGCGCUACGCCUUGGUUGGCCGCAAUGGCACGGGGAAGUCGACACUGCUCAAGGCCAUUGCUCGGAAGCUGAUUCCAGGAAUUCCAGAGGGCUCCAGGAUCGCAAUUCUGCAGCAGACAAAGCUUACAGAAUCUGAUGAGGAUGACAAGACAACAAAGGAUGCCAAGGGCGAGGGGUCUGUCUUGCAGGAGGUUAUUGAGCGUGCCACAGCACGAAGCGUCAUCGAACAGGAGAUCAAAGUUCUCGCCGACGGCGUCGAUGCUUCGGAUCCAUAUGCUCCAAUUCGGGCCUUGAGAGGAUUGAAACACGAGAAGCUUCAGAAACGUCUCUUCCUCGUGGACAAGGAGGCUAGACUCCGAAGCGGUGCUCGAGGACUACAAGCGAGGAAAGCCCUUGUUGCUUUUGAGAAAGUGGUUGCUGAUUCACAAGCCUUACUAGACCAACCAGAUGACGAAAUCUCGGCCGAAGCUCUUCAAACGGAAACCCAAGAGGCAGCUGAUAUGCUGGCAGACCUGCAAAGCCAAAUUGAGCCUUCAAGGCUGGCCCAAAUCGAAGUUGAAGCUCGGAAAAUCCUGACUGGUCUCGGAUUUACCGAGGCAUACUUGGAAAAGCCUCUGUCCAGCCUUUCUGGAGGUUGGCAUAUGCGGACAGCUCUCGCCUCCGCGCUGCUGCAAGAGGCUGAUAUUCUAAUUCUUGACGAGCCGACCAACUUUUUGGAUCUUCUUGGAAUCGUCUGGCUUCAGCGCUAUUUGCAAUCAUUGGCAGAUAAAGAAAAGGCCCCUACGCUGAUCCUCGUUUCCCACGAUCGAGAUUUCAUCUCUCUCUGUACUGAUCUCCUCAUCUUGAAGGACAAGCAGCUCACUUACUUCCACGGCGACAUUCAAACGUACGAACGAUCGCAAUCCGAGCGCAGGCAGUGGCUCAUCAAAAUGAAGGAAGCCCAAGACAAGCAGAAAGCUCAUAUAGAGAAGACCAUUGCCCAGAAUCUCAAGGCCGGCAAAGCAAACGACGACCAGAACAAGAUUCGCCAGGCCAAAUCUCGGCAGAAAAAGCUGGAUGAUCGCUGGGGCAUGCAAGUCAGUGCAAAGGGCACAAGGUUCAAGCUGAACAGAGACCUCGUCGGCUUUUUCCUGACCAGCCGAGAGGGAAUCGAUAUCCCGCCGGAACAACGACCUGUCAUCAUCUCGCUGCCUGAGCCUCCAGAGCUGAGGUUCCCCGGAUCGCUUAUUUCGUUGGAAAAGGCAUCUUACCGAUAUUCACCAAGGUCGCCGAUAAUUCUUCAAGACAUCACUCUUACAGUCGGAAUGGGCGACCGUAUUGGUAUUCUGGGACUUAAUGGAGCGGGCAAAUCCACCCUCAUCAAGCUCCUUGUUGAGGAAUCUGCGCCAUCAUCGGGUACCGUUACAGCACACCCACGUUUGAGGCUGGGAUAUUAUUCUCAGCAUGCCGUUGAGGAAUUAAAGAACAUUGGCCGCGCCGAGCAGGGCUUGACCUCCCUUGCUCUUCUAACUAAAGAAGUUGAUGGUGCGUUGAACGAAGGAGAGAUCCGCGGUUUACUGGGCACGCUGGGCCUCCCUGGCCGUUUAGCAUCAGACGUUCCUAUUUCCAAACUAUCUGGUGGCCAGCUGGUGCGAUGUCAGCUGGCAAGACUAUUCUGGAAGCACCCGCAGUGCCUCAUUCUUGACGAAGUCACCACACAUCUAGAUUACGAGACUGUGACGGCGCUCCGGGAAGCGUUGAACGAGUGGGAGGGCGCUGUUGUGCUGGUGAGCCACGAUAGAUGGUUUAUGCGCGGAGCCAUUGAGGGUCAGAUUGAGGACCAGGGAGACGAUGAGGAUGAAGAUGGCGACGAGGAAGAGGAAGAGACUAUGCGGAGGAGGAUAGUCUAUCGGAUUAAAGGAGGGGGAAUCACGGAGCUGAAAAAUGGCGUCGAGGAGUUUGAGCGGGUUAUGGAGAAGAGGGUGAAGAAGUUGCUCGAGGCUAUAUGA